GGCGACUUUUCACACGCGGUUUUAUUAGAGUCACAAGUCUUGUUUUAUUUUUCCCCGCUUUUGGGUUUGUGUGUGUCAUUUCUCAUUUGAGAGUUCGUAAAAGAAGAGUAGUAAAAUAGAAAGAGAAAAAAAGGUGAAAUGAUGUCAGAAUAAACGUCAGAAUUUAAGCGACAUUGGCGGUGUUUUAGCAGAAGAAGAAGAAAGUUUUUUGGCAACCAGGUGACUAUGUGUUGCUCCAAACUUUCCUUGAGAUUUUUUACUAGAUGGAGUUUGUGCCAUUUCGUAAUAACGGUCGUAUUAAUUUGUCUGCCAAGUCCAGUCGACAGAUACAAAUCAGAUUUAAUCUCCACUGCGUCUACCUGGGAAAUCGCUCGUUUCUAGUUAAAACGGAUUCCGUAUAUUAUCCGAGUUAAAAGCACGCCAAGGCCUUUGAACUAGACUCAACCUUCAUUAAUAUUUCAUGAGAAAGAAAUUGAGCAAUCCAGACACGUCAGAAUAAGACGACAGGCAAUUAGACGCCAAUGAUCUAUUUCAACUCGUUAAAAAUUCGGGUGACUCUAGGACGUGUUUCAACUGUCAACUUUAAUGGCGACCACCACCAACGUGAUCGUAUUUUAUUUUGACUCCCUUUUUCUUUCGUGUUUUUAAUCAUUAUUUUCUCACAUGUUGUUGACGUGUCACGAGACUUGAAAUAUUUUCCAAGUUUAUUUCCUUCGUGGAUUUUUUCCUGUGUCAAAGAAGAAUAGUGUCGUCUGCUGUUGUUUUGUUGAGAACAAAACAGAAUGACAGUUGGAAUUCAGCUGAAGGUGGCGCUGACGUCUACUGACAGAUGAAGUUGUCGCAUCUGUUGUGUGUUCUGCGCGCGCGCUUACAACCAUACAAACGCUCGAAAUAAACAUAAUCGAUAUUUGUUGGUCUAGGGGGUAGGGGGGAGGAACGUAGGGGAGCAAUGAAGCUCGAGGGGUUGGCAGACAACGACGGAAGCUAUGGUCGACCGAGAGAGCGCGUUCAAACCUCUCUGCAACGCGUUGGCCGUUGUCUAGUCUCAUCCGAUCGCAACUCUGCGUGCCUGUCUUAUUCCGGUCGAAAUUUAUUAUUUUGUGGAGAAAUGUUCAAGUGCCCGAAUUUCGCCAAGUGUAACAAAGUGUUUCCCAACAUCAAAGCCAAAUGCAAUCAUUCGAAAAAUUGCGGGGUUUUGCGGGUGUGUAGCGUGUGCCGGAAGACGUUCAUGUCCGAUUCUGGGUUCCGAACACACACAAAACACCACCAAGGUCAAAUCGUGUCGACAAUCCUGCAGUUUACUUAUAUCGCCGGCCGUGAUGAUGUUCAAGUCAAGACGGAUCGGAUGGAUGAAGGAGAAAAGACUUGCAUUUCUCCAGCUCACACCUCCAUGGAAGAAAAUGGGAGUCAGGUUCAAAUCCUGACGGAUGAGGAAACUUUCACCAGUUCAAGCAAUACGUCGGCUGCUACCCAAACCGGAAUAAUGAAUGACCUGGAUUCAACCGAGACUCCCGGGAUGAAUAAUCGAUGUCGUCCCUCCACAUCGACACAGUCGACAUCCACCACCUUCGGAGAACCAGACAAGGACUUGGUGUAUGACCAAUGGCUGGAGAAAUCUGAAACUGCCGGAAGGAAUCUUAGGAAGACGAUUGCGAUGUACGAGAAGAAAUUGGAUUGGUACUCAGCCAAAGCCGAAGAAGAGCACUGGGAAGUUGCGAAAAUAUUAGGCGAAGAAAAUGUGAACGGCCAAACGUUAUUGAAAAUCAGGUGGAAGCCCAGCUACAUCACAAUGGACGAGGCCAGGAAAUUCGCUCCGAAAUUGCUAGGCAAAUUCAUGGCUAAAAAAGAAAAAUGAAAUUGAUAAUCUCGACUACUUGAAUACCAAAUAAGAGACAGAUUUGGUCUGCCUCGGUUACAUCACGUGACUUAAUUACCUGAAUCACUGCCCCCCAGCUAUCGCUGACGUCUUAUUAGGCGAGGAAAAAACGAACGAAAAGUGCGACAGAAUUUUUUUGUUUAAUUGCGUAUUUUCUUAAUUUAUUAUGUCGUGCUCCUGGGACCAUGUCCAAUUGAAACUGUGUCUUUGCUUUUGAUACCUUUAUUUGACGAGCCCAAUAACCCAAUAAAACUUUUGAACUUUUGAA